AUGGGGGAUCCGGUGGAAUGUCCGGGCGUGUACAUCGACGACCGCGUCCGGUCGGAGCGAUGGGUGCGCCGUAAUUCGACUGAUGCCUCGAUGGCCCCCGUCGCGUCCUCCUUCCCUGAAGAAGAGCCCGCAUCGUUGCAGAAGGAUGUAGAGGCCCUCUUGCAUGUGUGCAAGCAGAUCUAUCUCUGUAAUGUCGGGUCCUCCUUCGCCGGCAAACUGGCCGAAUUGAGCGAUGAUACUGGCGACGACUGUACCCCAAUCUUUGCCUUCUUCGAUGUGGAUUUUGGCAGCGACGAAAUAAAUCUCGCCCGGCGCAAAGUCAGCCGUGCUUCAUGGACCGACACCGCUCCUCCAUCACCCGGAUCGAUCCAUCGCACGUUCACAUUUUCAUCGUCCGAUGAAGCGCAUGGCUUGUCGCUUUUAUCGGGGGUCUCCACCGAUAUCCAAUCCCAAGAUUACCCGAAUCUAGUGGUUCCGAUCGCUAUUCUGCGCACAGCUGGUUCGGAUGCCUCCGGCGAUCUUGCACCAGUGGAAGAGUCGCAGGGACGGAGUAGUUUCUUGACAGUGGAGCAUAAACAGAUCGCUCGGUGCCUGGAUGCUGGUGCUGUGGAUGUGUUGACCACCCCGCUGGAUCGCGUAAGAAUCCAGGGGCUCGUGGUUCAUGCCUAUCGCACCCGCCGGGCAGCCCGGAAAGAGAUGUCUCGCUUUCUAGCCCGGAAAAAGCUGCGGAAAUAUUCUUGGGUCGGCGUUCAUGAUGAACAGCCCUACGCAUACCUGCGGGAAGCGAUGGUGUCCAAACUCAUGAGAGGCAUCUGCAAUCCGGAGGAGACCAUUGAAGAAUUCCAAGACCGGGAACUCAAUAUCGACCCAAGCCGGAAAUCCAUCAUCAAAGAGCGGGUGGGGAGCUGGAAGUUCUCGGCCCAUGACUUCUCGGAGGAUGAGCUGGUUUUCGGAGCGUGUGAAAUGCUCCAGCAUGCUCUCACCAUGCCAGGGCUGGAGCAGUGGUGGUUGUCGCCCGAUGAACUGCGGAGCUUUCUGCUCGCUUGUCGUGCCGCUUACAACAGCUUCGUCCUCUAUCACAAUUUCCGCCAUGCGAUCGAUGUGUUGCAGUGUCUCUUUUGCUUUCUGCUUCAUAUUGGCGCAUUACCCCCCUACGAGCCGAUCGGCCAGGCCGCUGUCCCAAAAUCCGCCAUUGCCUCUCUUCUUUCGCCCUUCGACUCCCUCACUCUUCUGAUUUCGGCAAUUGGCCACGAUGUCGGUCAUCCGGGCGUGAACAACUUUUUCCUCGUCAAGCUGAAUGCCCCUCUGGCGCAGCUCUAUAACGACAAUUCGGUUUUGGAAGCUUUCCACUGCGCAGCCUUCUCUCAGAUUCUCCGCCGGCAAUGGCCAUCUGCCUUCAAGGACAAGCAGCUACGCAAGCUUCUCAUCAGCUCAAUUCUGGCGACUGACAUGGGCGUCCAUCAAAAAUUCAUGGAGCGGAUGGGAUCACUGCAAGAGAAAUUCCACGAGAACGGCAAGUCCGUCGAUGGCUGGAAACCUCAGGACAUUGACAUGUAUAAGACUCUUCUCUGCGGUUUACUGAUCAAGUGCGCCGACAUCAGUAAUGUUGCCCGUCCGUGGAAAAUCGCAGAAAAAUGGACUCAGAUCCUGCAGGAAGAGUUUGCCAACCAAGGCGAAAUGGAGAAGGAGGUUGGCAUGGAGACUGCCCUUUUUGGCGGACCACCAGAACUUGGCAACAUCUAUAAGCUGGCCACCGGCCAGAUUGGAUUCAUGUCGAUCUUCGCCAUGCCGCUCUUUGAAGGCGUCUCCGAUCUCAUGCCGCAAUUACAAUUCACGGUAGAUCAUAUCGGCCGCAACAAAGCGCAGUGGCAACAACUCUCCAAUACCGAGUUACGCCUUCCUAUGGAUGACCAAGCCGAAAUCACCGUUUCGCCUCGCUCCCAUAGCCCCCCAGCCGAGUCAAGCGAGGACCACGAUGAAGAAAGAACACCCGUCGGUUCUAUAGCAGACGCAGCGGAUACGUUCAGGUCUCCCCGGUCAUCUACAAGCAUCGCCCUCCAUUCUAUUGAACCCGUUGUCUCACCAGACACCCCCGGUCCUCAGAUCGAGAUCACAGGCACUCCAAUGGUGCCCGAUGUGUCGUCUCGGAAGUCAUCGAGUGCCAUGCCAGACCUCACGUACUUUUCCAUCCCCGAGUCGUCACAACAGAGGCAUGGGUCCGAUGGAACACAAUAUCAUACGCCACUCACGGAUGUGAACCGUUCUUCAGGGGACCCCGCCGUUUUGGCUGCUGUCUUAUACGCCAACUCGGCAACCAGAAACACGACCGGCGACGACCAAGCAGCCGAAUCAGCAGCCGACAGACCGAGCAGCUCUCGCCAUGGCCUUUCGUCCUCAGCUUCGCGUCAUCAUGCACACCAUAGCUCUACGGGUCGCGCGUCUGCCCCAACGGGUUCCAAUCGCAACAGUUGCACGCGAACGCAAAGUAUCAGUACCUAUAGCAACAACAUGACCCCGAUCUCGCCCUCGACCAACGCCACCAGCUAUCUGGCGGUUGACAGCGGUGAUGAGAGCCGGAUCUCCGGAGACAAUUCGUACCAAAGUGAUCCUGGUGCUCCCUGCGACAGCAGCACUCGCCCCAGCACGUCAGAUGCCUACACCGGGGAACAUAGCAACAGCUGUAGCCCAGACCGGAGCUUGGGUACCAGCCAUUCCCUAAAUGAGAACGGAUCCGGCAAGGAGUACGCCAGGACCGCCGUCAACGGAGCUCGCAGCCCAACCCAGUCGACAACGACUGGGGAGAGCAUGAAACACAAGGGACCUCCAGGGGAUGACUCCCGUGAUGGGCUGCGCAGGCUCCCGAAAAAGCGGAGUCGCCUGCGACUUGCUUUCUGGAGACGCCGCAAUCACCACCAGCAGGAAGUCCGCGGCGGGUCUUGA